CCUCAAUUGUCAACACAUAACAUAACCUAACCUAACCUAAAAUCAUAAUAAAGCUAAAUCGAGCAUGGUUACAAUUUUUAAAGUUUAAAUAAUAUGGCACGUGGUAAAGUAAAAUACAAGGAUGUUGUUGGGGGGCAUUCGAAAACAAAUAAAAAGUUUUCCAAGAAAAAAGUUAACUCACGGAAAACUUACAGUUUGUACCAAGCCAACAAUGGAAAGAAAAGUAAAAAGCGCAAGUUUAACACAAACAUAGAAGAAUUAAACGAAAAAAGACAAAAAACUGAAGAAACUGUCCAAGUUGAAGAAGAAUCGUCAGAAAGUGAGGAGGAUACAGAUCACAUGCAACAGCUGCGAGCCUCAUUUUCAUCAAACUUGAGUAAUAAAAAACUGGUGGCUGUUGAAAGUAGUGAUGACUCUUUUAGUGAAGAAGAACAUGAAAGCAGAGAAGAAAAGGGCGAUAAUUUAGAUGAAAGUGGUUCUGUUAAAAGUGAUUCUGAGUUAUUGGAGAACAGUCAAGAUGAAAGUGAUGAUGUAGAAUCUGAAGGUGAGAGUGACAGUGAUGUAAAUAUUGAAAAUGAAGAGCAGGAUAAUAAUAAAGAUGAUAGUAGUGAUCCAUUUGUUAAACAUGUUUGUUAUGAAUUACAUGAAAGUGUAUUAAAUUCAUUACAAAAUGUACCAAUGUUAGUGAAAGAACACAUAGAACAUUGGCCAACUUUGGGAAGAGUGAUAAUUCAGAUUCCACAGUAUAAGGAGACUGAAAAAACUGAAUGUAAUGUGGUCACUAUCGAAGAAGAGAAAAAAUUUGCUCCUCCAGGAAGUGUGCCUUCUAAGAUUAAUAACACAGAUCUCAGCAAACCUGAAAAUAUUUUUAUAAAGAAUCAAAUAAUUAAUAAUUUAACAAAAGCAAACAAGUCUUUGAGUUAUGGAGAUGUUUUAUUUACUGAUUUACAAAAUGAACUGUUUUCUGUAAUGAACAAUUACCAAGAUAUCUACUAUAGUCAGAGAAGUUUUAGCAAUGCUGAAGAAAUAAGGUUUGUUUACUGUUUACACCUUGUUAACCAUAUCCUUAAAACAAGGCUUAAGGUGGUUCAUCACAAUGCUCGCCUGUCCAAUAAGGAUGAUGUUCCAGAAGACUUUCGAGAUCAGGGUUUGGUUCGUCCAAAGAUUUUAGUCAUUGUACCAUUUAAAGAUUCAGCAUAUCAAAUAAUCCAAACACUUAUAAAUAUACUCCUGCCAGAAGAUAAAAGUCAUGUUAUGAAAAGAAAAAGAUUUGUGGAGGAAUAUACAGGAAAUGAAAUUUCCAUGCCCAAAAAGAAUCCAAAACCUGAGGACUACGAAUUAACAUUUUCCGGAAAUGUUAGUGAUGAUUUUAAAAUUGGAAUAACUGUUACAAAGAAAAGUCUUAAGCUUUAUGCAGAUUUUUAUUCCUCUGACAUAAUUAUUGCAUCACCACUAGGAUUAAGAACACUAAUUGGAGCUGAAGGAGAAUCAGAACGUGAUUACGACUUUCUUGCAUCAAUAGAACUUCUAGUACUAGAUCAAGCUGAACUAUUCUUCAUGCAAAAUUGGGACCAUUUGAUCCACGCCUUGAAUCACCUCCAUUUACAACCCAAGAAUUCACAUGGUACUGAUUUUUCAAGGGUGCGCACUUGGAGUUUAAAUGGCUGGGCAAAGUAUUAUAGGCAAACAAUGAUAUUUUCGUCCAUUGCAUUACCAGAAAUUAAUGCCGUUUUUAAUAAAAAAUGCAACAAUUAUGCGGGAAAGGCGAAAGUUUCAAAUCCUGUUGAGUUUGGCGCUAUACGACAAGUAUUCGUCCAAAUACCGCACGUGUUUCAUAAAUUUGAAGCGUCAAAUGUGCAGCAAUUGUUGGAAGCACGAUUUGAUUUUUUUAUAAAUAAAAUUUUGCCUCAACAAAAGGAUAGUCUGAUGAAGCAGACUUUGAUUUAUGUUUCAAGCUAUUUUGAUUUUGUUCGAUUGAGGAAUUAUUUUAAAAAAGAAGAACUAAGUUUUGUACAAAUAUGCGAAUAUUCUAAGGAAAGUAAAAUCGCAAGAGCGCGAGACAUGUUUUAUCAUGGUGAUGUCCAUUUCUUACUGUACACGGAGAGACAUCAUUUUUAUAACAGAAUCAGAGUAAAAGGUAUUCGCCACUUAAUUUUUUAUGAACCACCAGCUUUUCCUCAUUUUUAUUAUGAGAUUUGUAACUUCAUGCAGGAAGCAAAUAUGAAUAAAAAAGUGGGUAGUAUGACUAAUAUGACUGUGAAUGUACUUUAUUCAAAAUACGACGUACAGAGGAUUUCAGCAAUUGUUGGUACAGAAAGAGCUAUGAAGAUACUGAAUUCUGACAGGAGUGUUCAUAUGAUGGUCACUGGAGCAGAAUGAGAGCAUCUGCUUAACAUUCCAGAGGUUCUUUUUUUUAAAGAUAAGUAUUAAUUCUCUUUAAAGUUAAUAAUUCAAAUUGUUGACAAUAUGUAAAAAAUAUAAAAAUAUAUUUUUAUUCAUAAAA